AUGAGAAGACUCCUUGAAAAGGUAACUGGAAAAGAGAAUACAAAUAGUAAAAUUUAAGAAGAAUCUGAUAAGGACGCGAAGAUAUCUUUAAAUGAAAUAAUGGAAUAAGAAGCUCAUUAUGAAAUUGAUGAAGAUGACAAACUUUAUUAUAAAGAUGUCUUAAAAUUUGAAGCUUAAAAGGCCAAGCUUUGGACUAAACCUGAUUUCUAAUCUCAUUUACUAGUAUAUACUAAACUAAAAUAUAAUAAAGAAUUAACUACUGAAAAAUUAUCUUCAUAUAGAGUUUAUAAGUAUUCUUAAUUUUUUAAUUAUAAAAGGAGGCUUUAUAAUGAUAAGAUUAAAAAUAGUAAGGAUUUAACCAUUUAUGAAAAAAUCCUUUUCCAUCCAGAUUUAACCUAACUCGAUUACGAGUAUAUAUAAGCUGAAAACAGAAAAGUAGUAAAAAAUGCUGGAAUAAUUGAAAUAACUGCAAUAGGGGGCUUGGGAUACUGUUAUUUCAAGACAAAUCUUAGAAAUAAAAAGGGAUUUUAUGCAGUUUUCAUGUUAGCCCCAGCAUUUGUACUUUUUGGAGGAUACACAUUUGAAAAAUAUAGAUUUUUAAGGAAACUUUAUAAUGUAGAAUUAGAUAAAAAGUAUAACAUUCCAUCAUGA